GAUGGUUUCUAAGGAAUCUUCUUCUGUUGUGGAAUCCUUCAGCAUGGUCACCCUCUCCUUUGAGAUCCCUCCAGGAGAGAGCAUCCCAGAAUUUUUGGAGAAACCUCGUCCACUAACAGCUCCUGAAGGAGACAAAGCUGUAUUUCGAGCCAAAGUGCAAGGCAAUCCGAAACCUAAUGUAACAUGGAAAAGAGAAAGUGGGAUACCAAUCAAAGAAGGAUCAAAGAUGUUUUUUGACAGCAUCAAUAAGGAAUAUGUCCUAAAGUUGGAAAACAUCGCCUCAGAGGAUGCAGACAAUUACAAGUGUGUUGUUUCCAAUCCCCAUGCUGACAUCAUCUACACUGUGUCCUUGAAUGUAGCUGAAGGUCAAGAAAAAAUGGACUUCAAAAAAAUGUUGAAGAAAAGGGGGCCACCAGCGCCAAAGAAAAAAGUGAAGAGGGUAGUUGAUGAGAAAGAAAUGCUGGAGAUCCUCUCCAAGGUGCCCAAGAAGGAUUUUGAGAAGGUGUGCAUGGAGUAUGGGUUCACAGAUUUCCGAGGGCUCCUUAAAAAACUAAAGGAGAUGAAAAAGAAAGUAGAAGUUGAGGCUGUACGAAUUCUGAAACCUCUGGAGGAUGUUUCUGUUAAAGUGGACACCACAGCAAUAUUUGAUACUAUCUUGGAACUCAAAGACCCCAAUACUAAGCUGAUAUGGUUAAAGGGUGAUGAACCUUUGCGCAUUCAGUAUUCGCUUGGGAAAUACGACACGAAACAGAUGGGCACUAAGUAUAUGCUCCACAUCACUAAUGUGAAUGAAAGUGACAUGGGAACGUACAGUGUUUUCGUAGGUGACAAGCAGCUCUCAGCACGACUAAAAGUAAUAGAUGAGCCCUUGAGGUUUUUGGCAGACUUGCAGCCUUUGAGAAUAACUGAGAGGCAGACUGCUGUAUUUGAGAUCCGCCUUUCAAAGAAGGUGCCCAAUUUCACCUGGAAAUUAAAUGGGAAGGAGUUGAAGCGGGACGACAAGUAUGAGAUCAUCUCAUCAGAAGAUGGGUUAACUCACACCUUGAAAAUUAAAGAUGCACGCACAAGUGACAUGGGUGAAGUCAGUGCUGAAGCUGGAGACAUUGUAACAAAGACCGAGCUUAACAUUCAGCGCACUCCAAUUAAGUUUGUCAGAAACUUGAAAAAUGUCCGAGUCAAGGAAAAGGGCAAAGCUUGCCUGGACUGCGAGCUGACUGCUAAAGGCGUCACCUUGAAAUGGAUGAAGAACGGGAGGGUGAUUGAGAGAUCUAGCAAAUAUCACAUGACCCAUGAAGGGAAGAUGGCAGAGCUAAUCAUCGAUGAUGCUGAGCUGAAUGACUCGGGAGAAUACAUGGUAGUUGCCAUGCAAGAAAACGACCCCACGGAGUACUACAGCAAUUGCAAUGUAACCGUAGAGGAGAGAUUUGCUACAGUGAAGAGCGGCCUGUCAGAUGUUCAGUCUCCAACAGGAGAACCAGCAGAGCUUUGUGUUGUCUUGAAUGAUGAGAAGGUAGAAGGUGUGUGGUUAAAGGAUGGUAAAGAGAUAACAGAUAUGAGAGGAAUCCAGAUUGUCAAACAGGGAGCGGUCCAUAAACUGAUCGUUGACAAGAUGGGAGAACAGUUUGAAGGGAAGUACACUUUCAGAAGUAAAGGAGCUGAAAGCGAGGCUACUAUCAGCAUUGCAGACCCCCCUGUUAUUGAUCCGUCUGUUCUGGAAGCUUUUGCUGCACAUCCAGUGACCGUGAAAGCCAAGCAGACGGCCUACAUCAAGGUACCUUUCAAGGCCAAGCCAUUGCCCAAAGUCACCUGGUUCAAGGAUGGUAUUGAGGUGACUGAAGAAGAGAAGAUAGUGAUGGAAAGAACCCAUGACCAUGCGCUACUCACCAUCAAGGACUGUGUGAGGGAAGACAGUGGGAGCAUCAUGCUGAAACUGAAAAGUGACUGUGGGACAGCUUUUGCUCAGCUGCAUCUCAAUGUUGUCGACAUACCAAAGCCACCACAAGGAAAAGUGGAGUUCCUGGAGAAAUCAGGAAAGUGUGUCAAAAUGAAAUGGAAAGCACCCAAAGAUAAUGGAGGCAAGCAAGUAACUCACUUUAUCAUUGAGAGGAGACUAUCUGGGAAGAAAUCUUGGAUCAAAAUUGGAGAAAUCGAUAGCAAGCACACCACAUUUGCCACAGAUAAGGUAGAAGAAGGGAAGGGCUAUCAGUUCCGAAUCCUGGCUGUUAACUCUGAGGGCCUGAGUGAUCCACUGGAGACAGAAGAAAUCUUUGCUGGUGAUCCUAUUGAUCCUCCAGGGCAAGCCUCUCAACCUCAAGUUUCUGAUGUCACCAAAGAAGCUGUCACUAUUACCUGGAAUCCUCCAGCACAAGAUGGUGGCUCCCCAAUAAUGGGGUACAUCGUGGAAAGAAGGAAGAAAGGCAGCAACCUUUGGGUCCCAGUGUCCAAAGAACUAAUUCAAGGUACAAAGCACAAAGUAGAUGGCUUGUUGGAAGAUACAGAGUAUGAGUUCCGCGUUAUAGCUGUGAAUCGCGCAGGGCCUGGACAUCCCAGCGGUGCUUCUACCUCAGUUGUGGCAAGAGAUCCCAUCAAGCCUCCUGGACUAGUGAAGGGCUUACAUGUCGCUGAUUCUUCCAACUCAAGCAUUUCAUUGGCAUGGCAACAGCCUGAUGAAGGUGAUCUGCCUUCAGGAUACAUACUAGAAAUGCGAGCUGAAGACACCAAGGAAUGGUCCAAGUGCACCAAGAUCCCAAUUUCUGGCACCAGCUAUACUGUCGGGGGCCUUCAGGAGAGGCAGAAAUAUUUCUUCCGGAUUCGAGCAGUGAAUGAAGCCGGUGUUGGAGAACCUAUUGAGUUAAAGGAAGGAGUUCUGGCCAUGCCCCCUCCAGCUUCUCCGAAGUUUGAUCUGAUGGCCAGACUGAAGAGCCACAUGGUAGUUCGUGCGGGGACUGCCCUCUGUAUUCAUGCCUCUUUUACCGGCUCCCCUCCACCAACUGUGGUGUGGCAAAAGGAUGGAGUUCCCACAAGGGGAAGGGAGAGCAUCACCAAAGGCAAGAACCACUCCCAGUUCCUCAUCCACAGCACCAAACGCUUUGAUACUGGACUCUACCGUAUUGUGCUCAGCAACGACUAUGGGGAAGCCUCCUAUGACAUCCACGUGCGAGUGGCAGAUUUCCCAAGGCCUCCUACUAACCUGAACCUUUAUGAGGAGGUGCCAAACACUGUAUCUCUGACAUGGGACCACUCUCCGGAUAUCAAAGAGGAUGGAGGCGCUCAUUAUGUCAUCCUGAAACGUGACACCAGUACUGCCACUUGGUUCACAGCAGCUGAGAAAGUUUACAGUAACAAGUACACCGUCACAAGUUUGCUUCCUGGCAGAAAAUAUUUCUUCCGAGUCUUUGCCCGCAAUGAUAUCGGGGAUAGCGACCCUCUGGAUUCAAGGGAUUCCUGGCAUAUCAAUAAAGACAAAGAACUGUUCAAUGCCAAGAUAAAGGAAUACCAUGAGCGGGACUGGCGCCAUGCCCCUCGAUUCAUCACCCCGCUGAAGAACCAUGCAGUGCGCCGGGGCCAUGACUGUACCAUGAGCUGUGCUUUCUUGGGAAACCCCCGUCCUGUGGUUACGUUAUACAAGAGCAAUGUCAACAUCACGGCCAGUUCCAAAUUCUGGUACAACUCAACCAGUGGCGUCUGCACACUGAUGAUCCCCGCCUGCACUGCCAAGGACAGUGGAGACUACUCCAUCCUAAUUGAGAAUGACCUUGGGCAGGCAAAAUGCAAUUGCACAUUGACAGUAUAUGAUAAAGAUGAUAAGAGCCUUCUGGAUUCAGUGACUGAGAGCCUGCAGAAGUCAAAGCACAUCAUGUGA